CAGAGGUGCGGCCGGGGAGGCGCGAGGAGGCUGGAGCUGGAGGCGCGGCGCCGGUGAGCUGAGGCCAGGCCCGGUGGCUCAUGCCUGUAAUCCCAGCACUUUGGGAGGCCAAGGUGGGCAGAUCCCUUGAGGUCAGGAGUUCGAGACCAGCCUGGCCAACGUGGCGAAACCCCGUCUCUACUAAAAAUAUAAAAACUAGCUGGGCAUGGUGGCGGGCACCUGUAAUCCCAGCUACUUGGGAGACUGAGGCAGGAGAAUCACUUGAACCCAGGAGGUAGAGGCUGCAGUGAGCUGAGAUCACGCCACUGCACUCCAGCCUGGGUGACAGAUAGAGACUGUCUCAAAAACAAAACACUUACCACCCAUGGACACCGCCAAGUCUAAGUCAGAGUCUCCUAAAGAGCUCGUACAGCUGAGGAAGCUCUUCAUUGGAGGGCUGAGCUUUGAAACAACCGAUGAGAGCCUGAGGAGCCAUUCUGAGCAAUGGGGAAUGCUCGCGGACUGUGUGGUAAUGAGAGAUCCAAACACCAAGCACGCCAGGGGCUUUGGAUUUGCCACAUAUGCCACUGUGGAGGAGGUGGAUGCAGCCACGAAUGCAAGGCCACACAAGGUGGAUGGAAGAGCUGUGGAACUAAAGAGAGCUGUCUCAAGAGAAGAUUCUCAAAGACCAGAUGCCCACUUAACUGUGGAAAAGAUAUUUGUUGGUGGCAUUAAAGAAGACACUGAAGAAUAUCACCUAAGAAAUUAUUUUGAACAGUAUGGAAAAAUUGAAGUGAUUGAAAUCAUGACUGACCAAGGCAGUGGCAAGAAAAGGGGCUUUACCUUUGUAACCUUUGAUGACCAUGACUCCGUGGAUAAGACUGUCAUUCAGAAAUACCAUACUGUGAAUGGCCACAACUGUGAAGUUAGGAAAGGCCUGUCAAAGCAAGAGAUGGUGAGUGCUUCAUCCAGCCAAAGAGGUCAAAGUACUUCUGGAAACUUUGGUGGUGGUCGUGGAGGUGGUUUCGGUGGGAAUGACAACUUUGGUCAUGAAGGAAAUUUCAGUGGUCAUGGUGGCUUUGGUGGCAGCUGUGGUGGUGGUGGAUAUCGUGGCAGUGGGGAUGGCUAUAAUGGAUUUCGUAAUGAUGGAAGCAAUUUUGGAGGUGGUGAAAGCUACAAUGAUUUUGGCAAUUACAACAAUUAGUCUUCAGUUUUUGGACCCAUGAAGGGAGGAAACUUUGGAGGCAGAAGCUCUGGCCCCUAUGGUGGUGCAGGCCAAUACUUUGCCAAACCACGAAACCAAGGUGGCUAUGGCGGUUCCAGUAGCAGCAGUAGCUAUGGUAGUGGCAGAAGAUUUUAAAUAGGAAACAGAGCUUAGCAUGAGAGGAGAGCCAGCAAAGUGACAGGGAAGCUACAGGUUACAACAGAUUUGUGGACUAAGCCAAGCACAGUGGUGGCAGGGCCUAGCUACUACAAAGAAGACAUGUUUUAGACAAAUACUCAUGUGUAUGGGCAAAAAACUCGAAGACUGUAUUUGUGACUAGUUGUAUAACAGGUUAUUUUAGUUUCUGUUUUGUGGAAAGUGUAAAGCAUUCCAACAAAGGGUUUUAAUGUAGAUUUUUUUUUUUGCACCCAAGCUGUUGAUUGCUAAAUGUAAUAGUCUGAUCGUGACACUGAAUAAAUGUCUUUUUUAAAAAAACAAACAACAAAAAAAACCACCAAUUUUAAAUAAUUCAUGGGUCAAAAAAGAAAACAAGACUAAAAUCUUGGAUUAUUUAGAAAUUAUGAUAAUGAAAAUAUUGCAUAAUGGAAUCCAUGAUAUUAAAGCACUUCUCAGAGGAAAAAUCAUAUAAGUAACCUUAUAUGUUUUUUUUAAAGUGAAAAUUAGUAAGCUACGCAUUCAACAAAUAUAGAAAACAAUUAAAGGAAAAUGGCAGAGUAAACAAAA